AUGGAAUGGCCGCUGACAACUUCAUCCGCAGGCCGUCUCCAGGAGUACCUCGUCAUCGGACGCCAUCUUCCUACCGAGUCCAACCCUACCCCCAAGCUCUACCGCAUGCGCAUCUUCGCACCCAACGAUGUCGUCGCAAAGUCACGCUUCUGGUACUUCCUCGGCAAGCUGCGCAAGAUCAAGAAGGCCAACGGCGAGAUCGUCUCGCUGAACCAGAUCCAUGAGAAGCGCCCCAUGAAGGUCAAGAACUUCGGCAUCUGGAUCCGAUACGACUCGCGCUCGGGCACGCACAACAUGUACAAGGAGUACCGUGAGAUGUCGAGGACAGACGCCGUCGAGGCGCUCUACCAGGACAUGGCUGCCCGGCAUCGCGCUCGGUUUCGAUCGAUUCACAUCCUUAAGGUCGUUGAGAUCGAGAAGACCGACGAUGUCAAGCGCCCGUACAUCAAGCAGCUCCUCACCCCGAAACUCAAGUUCCCUCUUCCCCACCGCGUACCCAAGGCCGCCACCAAGAAGAUCUUCGCUGCCAACAGGCCUUCAACUUUCUACUGA